AUGCAAGGGUGCGUGCAGAAACUUCUUGCGCUUCUGGAUGCUGCGGGCCUGGGCAGUCACUUUGGAGAGGUGCUCUCUAACCUGUGCAAGAGCCGGGGGGCAAUGCGAGAGUCUGUGCUUUUGACGCCCGUGUUUUCCCGGAGCUUGUUCAGCCUUGUGACGAGCGAGCGGGUGGAGAUACGGACAGCACAGUCGGUUGUGGCGCUACUGGCGGCGCUAGCACGGGAUGCUGCAACCAGGCAGGCGGGAAGCGAGUUGCCGGAGGCUCCCACGUGGCUGAUCAUCGACCUGCCAAGGCAAUCCAGCAGUCCGGGCGAAACCCGUGCGGAUCCCUGGGGUGCUGCAGCAUGGAAGCUGGGGGGAACGGGGCCCUGGAAGCAACUGCGGGGGUGGCAAAAGGGGCCGGAAGCUAGGGAAAAGCCGAGAGUGGAGAAACGGGGGCUGGGAAACCCUAAUCGAGGUGCGGGGCGAGAACGAGGAACGGGGGAGAAAGUGGGGAGGAGGCUGCAAGAAGAAGAGGUGGAGGGAAGCAAGGAAGAGGAGCGGCGAGUGAGAAGCACCGCUGCCGCCGGCCUUGUUUGGAGGUCAACGACCGCGAGGUCAGCCGUGAUGUCAGCACCGAACGGUCACCUUAAGUCAGUUGGGCGGAGGGUCUGGGUCGUGCGAGGAGAAGAGGGGCUAGGCGGCACCUCUCGCCGUAGGGAAAGGGCGGGCCGAGAGAGGAAGACAUUCGACAGCAGAAGCUUAAGCGGCGGCCUUCAGCACGGCGGAAAGAACCAGGUCUAA